AUGGCUGGGAACAUAAACUUUGGGGAUCGAAAUUCAUCGCUGCAGGUUGGAAAUAACUACGGGACCAUAACUACAGCAAACUCGCCUGAAGGGUCCGAUCAUCGAACCCACCGCGAUAAGGCGCUUGCAUCCUUGAAAUUCAAAGAAAUUGAUUCACGGAAGUUAGAAAUCACAGCAUCCCUGAAGGAAACAUGUGAAUGGCUUCUAGUCCAUAAGGAUUACAAAACCUGGCUCGACGAGGAGGAACUACCUCAACACCAUGGAUUCUUCUGGAUCAGUGGGAAGCCUGGUGCUGGAAAGUCCACUAUCAUGAAAUUUGCAUACUUGGAUAUGCAGGAUCGAUGCCAGAUCAAUAAAAAAAGUGGGCGUCAUGAUAAUCCUGUCAUUGCUUCAUUUUUCUUCAACGCUCGUGGCGAGGACUUGGAGAAAUCCGUCCAAGGGCUAUAUCGAUCUUUGCUCAUCCAACUACUUCAAGGCUUUCCUGACCUCCAGGUGGUACUGGAUGAUAAAGAUAUUAUCCCUCCGGUAGACCGAGAUGAAACUAUUAGGUGUCCUCCUCUGAAUGCGUUAAAGGACCUCCUCUAUAAUGCCAUUACUCUUCUCGGUCAGCGCGCCCUUACUUGUUUCAUUGAUGCACUUGAUGAGUGCGACGAGAAUGAUAUAGCCGAUAUGGUUGAUCAUCUCGAGGAUCUCACGGAGCAAGCCCUCAGCCAGAAUAGCUCCUUUCGGAUUUGCUUUUCCAGUCGGCAUUACCCACAUAUUACUCUUAAUCAUGGCAUACGGUUAACACUUGAGAGUCAGCCAGGUCACUCCAGAGACCUAGAGCUCUACAUUUCGACCCGACUGAAGAUCAAGGAUGCUGAUCUUCAUCAAAAGCUAAAGUCAAGGCUGUUAGAUAAAGCUGCUGGUGUUUUUCUAUGGGUUGUGCUGGUUGUCCGCAUCCUCAACCAGGAAUACCGUCGAGCCGGCUUCAACUUGGAAAGGAGACUAGGAGAACUGCCAAGCGAUUUGAGUCAAUUGUUUAAAGCUAUCUUGCUUCGAGACACAGAGAAUCCAGAAGAUCUCUUGCUUUGUAUCUUAUGGAUACUUUACGCAAAGCGCCCUUUAAGACCCGAGGAAUUCUACCAUGCAUUGUGGUCCGGCUUGGCUAUGAAACAACAGAAUCUGGUAGACAACGCGAUUCCUGAGUUGUUGUCUUCAUCGUCGGAUACCUCUGAUUCAAACGCCCUCAGCUCGGAAGAACCCGAUAAGGUUACGAUAUAUGUCAUCAGUUCUUCGAAGGGUCUUGCUGAGGUAACAAGGCCUGUCCAGUCGACGAAACAGAGAACCACAUAUCCUAAUAUGGCCCAGGUGCCGUUGCCAGUGCAUAGGACCACAUAUCCUAAGAUGGCCCAGGUACCGAGACCAAAACAUAGGACCGAAUAUACGAUGCCAAUGCACAGGACCACAUAUCCUAAGAUGGCCCAGGUACCGAGGCAAAUACAUAGGACCGCAUAUACGACGCCAAUGCAUGGGUUGUUUCAGCAAAAUGAGAAUGACAGUGAUCAUGGCAGGAGAGUUCAGUUUAUCCACGAGUCUGUUCGAGACUUCCUUAUCAAAGAUAAAGGACUAAACGAUCUGUGGCCUGAUCUCAAUCUUAGUGAUGAGGCCAUGGCUCAUGACGUGCUCAAACAAUGUUGCAGAUUCUACAUGGACCACGAACUAAGGAAGACAUGGCCUGGUGAGCCAGAUCGGAGACCGGGCCCGAAAUCCGGUAUUGGUCAAACCCAAAAAAAUCCCUGGCUUAGGUCAAAAGCCAGUGUGAACAAGGGAAUAGACACGAUCCCACGAGGAUAUGCUUUCCUAGAUUAUGCAACUGAAUAUGUCCUAUCUCAUGCAGAGGGUGCAGCGAAAUUGGUACUACAAGAUGAUUUCUUAUCUUCGUUUCCUCUUCUUUACUGGAAAGAAACAAGAGCCUUCUACCACGGAGGUUGGGGCGCUGAGUCUUUGCCCAUUGGCCUGAAGGAUGGUCUUUUUCACAUAUUCGCUACAUAUGGACUUUCUGAGCUCAUUCGAACAUGGCGCAGGAGAGAUAUAAAUGUUCAUGCUUUGGGGGGGGAACAUCAAGCACCCACUUUUUGCGGCUCUCAGCAAGGGCCAUGCCGACACAGUUGCUGCCCUUCUGAAUCUUUCCAGCAGCAUAUAUAA